ACUGUCACAGAACUUUGGAUCUAUUUAUCCACAGGUCGGUGCAUCUGUGGCCGCAGAAAUGUCUGCCUCUGCCAAACCAUUAACGUCGUUUCUUAUUCAAGACAUACUGUCUAUUAAAGAGGACAAACGCCCUUUGGGGCGCACAGCCUGCACGGAACCAGUACGGAGUAAAAGUAACACAGGUGAAGACACGAAGCAACCCACAGACAAAUGGACCGACGGAUUACCGAAUCAUGUCGGUUCACUCGCGAAUGAUGCUGCACCCAAGGAUAAAGCGCCGAAUACAGUUCUUGGCACUACUGAAACAGAUUUAAACGACAGGUCUUGCGCCAACUCGCCGGAAUUAAAAAGAAGUCUGUCUAUGGAGAACCUGGGCGGCGUAGGCAAGCAAAAGCGUUCUCGUGCUGCUUUUACGCACCUUCAAGUACUAGAACUGGAGAAGAAAUUCAACCACCAGAAGUACCUGUCCGCACCAGAGAGAGCUCAUCUAGCCAGCAGUCUGAGGCUAACCGAAACACAAGUUAAAAUCUGGUUUCAGAACAGAAGAUACAAAACUAAACGGAAGCAACUGACAUCAGAGUAUAGCAAGGACAUGUUUCAACAAUCAGAGGGACUACCUUUCCACGACACAGAGGACGACUUGGUCAGAGCGUCACUUUUCGCAACUAUGUAUAAGGGUUACCAAUACCGGCCAUACUUUUACGAUAUCAAUGGUAUUGCUGUAUGGAAAUCUACACUAUGGUGAAAAAACACUCAGGCACUGGACAUUAUAAUAUAUAUAUAUUCUUAUGUAAAUGUUCACAAAAUGCAUGUAUAAAAUGUUUGAUUAUAAAAUAGACAUAUAUCUUUAUAUAAUAAACUGCUUUGCUUUUUCAGCAAGUUUAGAA